CUUGUGUGUGCGCAUGGGUAGUGACGUCACGAUAUAGUAUGGACCCAAAACACUGAGCAGAAUAGUGAACCAAACAACAUUUUUUGGAGCGUAUUCUACGUCAACAAGCUGUGUAAAAUUAGCUUUGAUAUGUCAUUAUCGAACUUUGGGCUGAAAAAGCGGCCUACUGAGGCUCCUUACUCAAAACCAGAUUACAUCUUAGUAUGCGAGACGAUACUGUGCGAGCUAGAAGGACAGAUAAAAUCGUUGGAGGAUAGACAACAAGAAAUGGAGAAAGAGGAAAAAAGAAAGGCUUGUAUAGCGGAUUAUAGCUGGUUGAUAAGUUCACCAGAGAGGAAAUCGUUUCAAAUACCACCAGCACAAAGAUUAACACUUGAAGAUUUAGCCGCUAAAGUGCGGCCGGAGGAUAGCAGUGAAAUACUAAGCCAAUUUCGAAAGGUACUCGAAAGUCAAAAGCUCGUCCCUCGAGAUCUACCGCAAAUCAUGCAGUGUGUUAUUGAGCGAUAUCUCAGCGAGCGGAAAGAUAGUGAUAGUGACACUACAAUGCAGUGGAUAAGUCGGAGUGUUUCUGGAAUAGGAUCGAGUUUUAAGACACUUCGUAGUCACUCUUCGAGUAAAGUCUACCCUGGUCUCAUUGCUAGCGAGGAGAUUAUAUGUGACUCUACUAGUGAUGGCGAUGACAGAACGAAGCGGUCGAAGAGUCUACCCGAAUUCGUUGCCAUGAAAAAUCUGCCAGUUUAGCUGGAUAUAAUGACAUAGAUGAUAUUUUAAGGUUAAGAUAUUUUAUCGUCAGAAGUUAAGCAUUCAGGGCAGUUUCAUUGGUACUUAAUUAUAAGUAUAUGUUUUUUCAAUUCCUGUUUUGAUUUCAUAUUGCUUUCUUCUAUCUAUUACUUUUUCCUCUUUGUUUAUUAUAGAUGGGCAAAGUUUCGUUAAUGAUUAUAUUUUACAAAUCACUAAUUUAUCUAUAAUUUUAUUCUAGAUUAUUCACUUUUUUUAUAUAAAAGCUCAGUAGCUAAAAUAACCAGAUAUCAGUUCUGGUCUAAAUCCCUCAGGAAUAGCAACCUCUGUGCUAAAAAAUGGGAAAUUGGCAAAAUUAAAAUUUUAGAAUCAGGCAAAUCCUCACCUAAACCUGGGAAAUCGAGGUGCUACAGAAAAUGACGGUUAUACUGUGGAAGAAGUGGAAAUUGAAUUUAAAAAUUAAUUGUUAUUGUUAAGAUUAUGUGAUUGACCAUCUCCAAAGGUUCUAUUGAGUGAAACAAAAUGUAAAACGUGCCUAAUAGGGGGUGCGGGGGUGCGAUCCGCAACAUUUUCGGGGCAAAUCCGUGGAUCCACAGAUAUUUUUAGAUCAACACGGUUUGACAGAUAAACAAUAGCAUCGAUUGAGAUUCUUUUAAAAUCCGAAAUUCGACCGUCAAAGCAGUAAAAACCCGAAAUCCGUGCCCAAAUUGUCAACAGAUCCGUGAUCCGCCGUAUUUCCAAAAUCCGUCAAUCUGCUGAAAUAAUCAUCAAAAUCCGUAAUCCGUGAGCAUUUCAGGGCUGAAUCCGCCGACUCACGAACCUAUUCACCCCCUAAUAGCAACAGGCUGUAAUAACACAAAGAUGGACAAACCAUCAUCAUUUACUCUUGUGAGCAUUGUCCUAAGUGGAUACCUCUGUCAUAAGCAUAAGAAAUUGGGAAAAAAAUUAACUGGUUAUUUUGUAACAUCUCA